ACUGUGUUACUAGACUGCAGCCAUGUUCGGGGGGCUCGGCAGGUGCUUUGAGGAGGAUCCCUUCUUCAGGGAUCCCUUUGCUGCCCACCAUGAGCACAUGAGGCAGAUGAUGAGGAGUUCUCAGAGCCCUUCGGGAGGGAGAGCCGUUGCCGAGCCUGUCAGAGGUAGGGACAGAGCGGACAGAGCGCUGCAGUGGAGAGUGCACCCAGACUCCUGGCUGGCUCCUCGGGGGAACCGCAGGGAUGCAGGUUUUGGGGAUCCAUUUUCUGCCAUGGACAGGAUGAUGUCAAACAUGAGGAACAGUAUGCUGGAAGUGCACAGGAAAUUUGAUGACCUGUCCAUGCACCCCAAUGGACACACGUUCAGCUCCUCCUCCGUAAUGACUUACUCCAAAGUGGAAGAUGAACCUCCAAAGGUUUUCCAAGCCUCGGUCCAGAUUCGCACACCCCCAGCCCCGGGAGGUUUUAAGGAGACAAGACAAGCACUUAAGGAUUCUGAAAGUGGCCUGGAACAAAUGGCCAUUGGCCACCAGGAUUGGGCUCAUGUCAUCAAAAGCUCCAAGAACUUGAAGACUUUGGAUGAGAAGAUGAACCAAGAAUUCAUCAACCUGGAUGAAAAUGAGUCCCGGGGCUUUGAUGAGGAGUGGCAGAAGGAGGUCUUGAAGUUCAAGCCAGAACUAGAAGCUCCAAAAUACAGAAGUAUCAAUUACAAGGAGAAUGGAUCAAGAAGAGAGAAGUUACUUGGAACUGGAGGUUCCAGAGUGCCCAAAGAUUCCUUGGGGUCUCUCAGUGUGAAAGGAACACAUGUCCCCCUCAACAAAAGCAGCAGGAAAUAAGUGGCCCCAUUCCCCUG